UGCUCUUUCCCCACCACGCUAACCCCAUUUCCUAAAACCUCUCACUCCCUCUCACACUCUUCAGCCAUGGCGGCACUCAAGCUUCUCCUCUCCCAAGCUCGCCGCCAUUCCCUCGCCAAACGCGCUUACUUCCCACACUCUCCUUUCACUCUCACCUCUCACCGAUCCCUCUGCUCUUCCUCCGAUUCAAACUCAAACCCUCCCGCCAGACCCUCCCAACCCAUCCCCAUCCAACCAGUUUCCUACCCUGUCAAGCCCAAAUCCCCGCCGCCAGAACCCUCGCCGGAAUCCUCACCACCACCUGCCGAACCGCAAUCCCUCCGACCGCCGUCGGUCUCGCAGCGCGCGUGGACGCGCGAGGACAUCCGAUACGUGAAGGACGCGCCGCCGAUUGGAGUAGUGUCGUACGGCCCGCGGGUGGCGCCUCUCCCCGAUGACAAGGUGGCGGACGAAGGGGCGGAGAUUGAAAGGAAGAAGAUCGAGGCGGAGAAUGAGCUGAGGAUGAGAAUGGCGAAGGCCUACGAAGAGGAGCGUAUGAAGGUGCCGUUUCCGCUUCUGAUUAAGCCCAAAAAGAACGAGAAGCCACCUCCGCUUGAUUUGGCAGAAGCCAUUCGCCAAAUUAAGGCCAAUGCCAAGGCAAAGUUUGAUGAAACUGUUGAAGCACAUGUAAGAUUGGGUGUUGAUUCAAAGCGAACAGAACUGGCAGUUCGUGGUACUGUGAUUCUGCCUCAUGGUGCUCCCAAGGCCGUCAGUGUGGCUGUUUUUGCAGAAGGGGCUGAGGCAGAGGAAGCUAAAGCUGCAGGAGCUGAUAUAGUUGGUGGUAAAGAGCUUAUUGAGGAGAUUGCUAGUGGUAAAAAUAAGCUCAAAGUUGACAAAUGCUUCUCGUCUCCUGGAAUGGCACCUCAUCUUGGAAAGAUAGCACAAUACCUCAGAAAGCGCAGACUGAUGCCAGAUAAGAAGCUAGGUACUCUCACCAGUGAUAUUGCAGGGCAGUUGAAAGAGUUAAGACAGGGUCGUGUGGAGUUUAAAAUGGAAAGUAAAUCAAUUUUGCAUGUGGGACUUGGAAAGGUACUGUGGUGUUCUUCCAACUCCUUAUAGACUUGGUUUCGUGCA